GACAUUCAUGGGGUUGAUCACCGGUCUGUACUUCUUGUCGAACAUGAUGUGGGGAGGUCUGUAUCGCAAACUUGUCCAGAGGCAGAAGAAGUUAGCAUUGAGGGAGCAAGCCAAAGAAAAAGGACUCGAGGAGAAUGGAGUGAAUGGACACGCUAAUAUCAAUAUAGCCCAAAAUAAAGACAACACAGACAAGGAAAGUACCAUUUAACAAAUGCCCCAAAGGGUAUUUUCGGAUCCUCUUAUCUGUUAUUCGCUGAAAAAAAAAGCAUUCACAAUGCUGCUUUGGCGCCAUCUUUUGGCAUAUCGGUCGUAGUUUUUAGCCGCCCUCUUGUGGCAUCUAUCUGCUAUUACAAGGCAGUAUCAACCUUUUUCGAGGGGCUGCUGUUACUUCACUGAACUACUUUAAGUCAAAGGGGACUAAGUAACUCUAACAAGAGCUUCUUUUUAUGUUUUGUGUUUUGUAUUGAAAAGGAUUGUACCGGGGAAACGAGCAAAGUGGUUAAAUAUAACAAAAUGGGGAAGUGCGAGCGAUCAAAAUUGCGUCAUACCAUUCAGUUACAGCUUCUGACUUUCUGUGUGUCCUUGCGCACAGAACUGUUACAUCACAUCAUUAUACAGGCCCGAGUGAGUCAAUACUUCUGGAACAGUUUGAUCAUCACCGAGCAUUUAUGUAGCCUCAUUGAUCAUCUCGAAUAUAUAUCUUGAGUCAAGUGUAUUUGUAUAGUGAUAUCCCUUCAUGUUUUGUACGAUUGUAUGAAUUGUUUCACUGUUUUUUCCACAUUGUUUUUAAUUUCAUCAUAAACGUACUGGCCCACGAAAUGAGACGCGCCAUCAAACUUUGGCACAUUUUGUUUGUUUUGGCUUUGUCUUCUUAUUUUACUUCAUUGUAAUUUGUUAAUGGCCAGAGUGACUCACUUUAUUGGUUUACAGGAGUGUCGAGACGACAAGUUAUUGUGCUUUUGAAUAUUUGCAGUGCCACAUUCCACCAGCAGUGGGGGCACUAAACCUAAAUAUCUUCACCUCUUCUUUCAAGACUCAAUGCUUUGGUACUGUCAAUAGAACUCAAAUUUAAAGAUAUAAACAGAUUUAAGUGAGUAAAUACCCAAUAUGACUUUUUUUAAUGAGUAUUUUAGAAGAGCGUUACGUGUGUCAACUUUACUUUCUUGUGUGAAAGCGCUGAGGAAUGUGAAAAUUCUUAAUCCUAAUCUUGGGAUUUUUGGAAGCCAAAGCAGAUUUUGUGGUUGCUAGUCAAUGAAGGGUCACGGGCGGAUCGGGAAACAAUGAAAGAGUAAAAAUGAAGGAUCAUACAAACACACGUAGGAGGUUACAUCCAAACCAUUAGGAACAGAAGUCAUCGAGAGAUCACAAGCGCAAGAUCUGCACCUAUAAAAAUGAACUCUCCUGCUAAAAUGAAUAGUAUGGAGGCGUCAAAAAAAAAAGGGUAAAUGAUGUGUCAGUGGAUUUACAGUAUUCAAGUUAUUACUCAUCUUAAACUGAAAUCCCAGUGCAGUAUAAAAAUAGAGAAGUUAUUGCACAAAAGGGCCUGGUCUGAAAUUCCUUAUAAUCAGGAUGCUCCACCUCUCCUCACUUGUUGCUCUGCCCUCCUGGAGGCACUUGCAUGCAUACGGAAUAAAAAUGUGCACGGCCUUUUGUCCCGCGCCACAAGCUGCAGGAUAGCAAGUCUGGCUCAGCAGGUCUGUUUUUUUUUGUUUUUUUUUUUCACCCCGCGAUGGCCGGUGGCCUCGACAGGAGGGAAGAGUCCCCCGAGACGGGCCUGAGGAUGCACUAGAGGCGGCCCAGUUGGAUUUCCACACAGAGCAGCAAGUUAAAGUGGUGAAAACCUGACUUCAAGAUGGAGGAAACCUUUGAGGACAGAACCAAAAUGACCAGCCAGCUGGCUCUCUACGUCUCCAACGGAGAGAUUAGCGGUAAACGCCGGCGUGGCAUCUCAACUCUCAAGAUGUUUAUCGCGGCGCUGUCCUUCGCCUAUUUCUGCAAGACCCUGGCGGGAACCUUCGUCAAGAGCUCCAUCACGCAGCUCGAGAGACGUUUUGACCUCUCCAGCUCACGCGUCGGCCUUAUCGACGGCAGUUUUGAGCUGGGCAACUUGCUGUUUCUAGCCGUGGUCAGCCAUUUCGGCGCCAAGAUGCACCGGCCCAGGCUCAUUGCGGCGGGAUCGGUCCUCAUGGCGGCGGGAGCAUUUCUCACCGGACUGACACACUUCUUCAUGGGACCCUACAAGUAUGAUACAGUCAUCGCCGCCUUCCAAAAUGAAAGUAUGAGCACCGUCACUUGUCUCAGUCCUGAAAAUGACACGAGCCACUGGAACGAAACGGGUGCACAAGCCUGCGAAAAGGAGUCCAGUUCCAAUAUGUGGAUCUACGUGUUUUUGGGGAAUGCCUUGCGGGGAAUCGGAGAGACUCCUGUUACACCUCUGGGUAUCUCAUACAUCGAUGACUUUGCGAAAGCUGAAAACUCGCCAUUCUACAUCGCUUGUAUCCAGACCAUUGCUCUCCUAGGUCCUGUAUUUGGCUACCUCCUCGGGUCCUACUGCGCCAAUCUAUAUGUUGACGUUGGAUAUGUUGAUAUGGAAAGUGUAACCAUCUCUCCAAACGAUGCUCGCUGGGUGGGAGCUUGGUGGUUGGGUAUGCUGGUGUCCGCCGGCCUCCUCUUCCUCGCCAGCAUUCCCUUCUGGUUCUUCCCCCGCUCACCCGAUGUCAAAGAGGCCAAACCCGUACCCGAGAAGGAGAAUCCGAAUCCAAGAGCGGAUUGUACCAACAACAAGCCCGUAACAAAGACAGCAGACGUUGCCAAAGGGUUUCUUUCCUCGCUGAAGCACCUGCUGUGUAAUCCCACCUACUUCCUACUUAUUUGCGGCAGCACGCUCAAGUUCAACUCCCUCGUUGGCAUGUUCACCUUUAAUGCCAAAUAUAUCGAGCAACAGUUUGGACAGUCGGCAUCCAGAGCCAAUUUCCUCAUCGGGGUGCUGACACUCCCGGCCGUUGCCGUGGGGAUCUUUCUCGGGGGUGUCGUGAUGAAGCGAUACAAGCUCAGCGUUGUGUCAGGGGCUCAGUUCUCUUUCGCGGUGUCCCUCGGCGCCUACCUCCUCGUGUUUCUCAAAUUCUUCACCAAGUGCGACAACAUUCCCGUGGCUGGACUCACCACCUCAUACAAUGGGAUGCCGGGAGUGUUACGCGGGGGCCAAACGCUCUUCUCUGAGUGCAACAGCAACUGUUCGUGCUCGGCAGACGUCUGGGACCCGGUGUGCUCGGACAGUGGCAUCACGUACAUAUCGCCAUGUCUGGCUGGCUGCCUCAGCUACAGCGGAUACGGCAAAAAAACAGUGUUCCACAACUGCACUUGCGUGUCUGCUUCCUUCCCGGCGGGCAGCAGUACAUCCGUCAAACUGGGGCAGUGCCCCCAAGCCAAAAGCUGCAGCCGCAGUUUCACCUCCUACAUGGCCGUGUCCGUUCUCAGCGCCUUUAUCAGCUCCCUGGGAAUCACGCCUGCUUACAUGGUCACUAUAAGAUGCAUCUCCCCGCAUCUUAAAUCCCUUGCCCUGGGAAUGCAGACCAUGAUCGUUCGGGUUCUCGGUGGAAUUCCAGCGCCGAUUUAUUUCGGGGCGUUUAUCGAUUUGACGUGCCUGAAGUGGUCGGUGAAAAAGUGCGGCGGCAGAGGGGCGUGUCGCCUUUAUGAUUCAGAUAUGUACAGGGUUGUUUUCCUGGGUCUGGUCUCUGGUAUCAGUGGCGUCUCCUUUUUUUUCACCUUCGCUGUGAUCAUCUUCCUCCGAAAGCAGUUUCGGAAGGAGCAGGAUGAGCCCAAAACCCCCAAGCAAAAGGAACUUUGCAUCCAAUCAAGUGAUCGACUCAGCGCAAGGGCCUCGAAGGAUAUCGAGGGGGUUCCCAACAACGGCUUUGACGCUGAAUGUAACGCGCACGAGGCCGCCGAGAGACUCAGGUCAAGAAGCGACGAGGACGACCGCAAAGUUGGCAAAAAGGCCGAAGCGGAACAUCCUGCGAAGAAACUGACUAUUGUGAAAAUAACUCAUUUGAAAACAACCCAUUCCAACUGAAGUCUUUUUUUUUUUUUUUGGCUGAACUGUGUUUUAUUGAUCUUGGACAUAAGAAGUAUAAUCGGCUAGAGAUGCCACAGGAUGCCGGAGAAGCAUUACUUGUGUUAAAAUGAAGCGCCUCAACUCACUUCAGAUCGCUUGGUGGGAUGAGGCCACAAAAUGGCGACAGCGGAAUACUUUGACCUGGGCACAAAAAAAACACAAGAAAAUAAGAUUUGCAGCAAAUAAGGAGAAUAAUUGUUUCUCAUAUCUGUUCAAAUAAUCAACUCGUGUUGGUGUGAACCCGAUGACCAGAGCCACAAAAUCUCUGGGUGAACAGCGGCCUAACCGUAUCGCGCCAGCUCAUUCGUGCUCCCAAAGAUCUUACACAA